GCAAACAAACCUACGAAUUGACUUCGUUUGCAUCCCGAACCGCUUGAAACCGAUAACACGUGUCACGAGCGACAGGGUCGUCCCAUCCGUUUUUACGUGCCGUCUUUAAGUGAGUGUGCUAACGAUCGUUUUUCUUACGUUUUGUGUAAAUAAACCGAAGGAACAAUAAACGCGCGAUGAGGGGGCACGACAGACGUAUCGCGAUCGGGCGGCUGCGUCACUAACUGGAAUAGAUUCACAUAUUAGCGGGCGUGAAAUUAAAGGAUAAACAAAUGAAGUCCGGUGCGGGCGGCAUUGUAGUGGAACAGCAGUCGGCGUCAGGAGGUGUCAAGCGGCAGACACGGGCGGCGUGACCCCGGCGGCCGAGCACCCUAACUGGGGCAUAUCGAUAAGCGCGCCCUACUUACCCGAUUUGGUAGAAGGCGGUGCGGUACGGCUGCAUUCGGUCACGGCGGUGCGGCGGUGCCAGAGCGAUGUCGGGCAAGUCGUGCAGCAGCGGCGUGGGCAGCGGCGUGGGUAGCGUGCGGUCGUGCGCGGCAGGCGGGCACGAGGUCGUGCUGGACGCGCUUUACGCCCGGAAGCGCGACAACAAAAGCGUGCGCGUGCUGACCGUCAUCGUGUACGUGUUCUGCGUGUCACUCGCCGCCAUCAUGCUCUCGCUCUACUACGUGUUCUUCUGGGAACCCAAGGAUGCGCAGUACGCGCAGCGCAAGGUGUCUCACACUGUCCCCCGGCAAACCAGCACCACACCAAUGCCCACAUGCUUAUUGCCCGACACCGGACGAAGCAAUACCUCAGUGAACGAGAACGUCACAUAUUCAUUACCACCGAAUCUUCUAGAGCCAACUUAUGUGAAUACAACAGACGAUACGGGCCUAGAUUUUGAAUCUCCCGCCAAUUUAACGAAUAACUCUUCAUUUCAACACAUCAAGUCUGUUAAUUUCACUUCCAAUAAUUCCGGAACCAACGACACAGACAUCAAUACAUGACGUAUAGGAACCAGAACAAAUCAUCUUCUAUAACAGACUGUCUAACGUGAAUCGAAA